GCUAAUUGUGAUUAAUUAAUGUUGAUUAACUACCUCUUAAAGUGUAACCACUGCCAAGGUAAAAAUUUGAUUAAAAAUAUAAUCAUUGUGAUAGUUAAUUGAUUUGAUUUAAGUAGUUAAUCAACAAUAAACAAUUUACGUUUCCAACAAAUUGUAAUUAUUUAAUUGUGAUCAUUAGUGUUGUUGUUUUCAAUUUCUGAUUAACAACAAUUGUAACUGAUUAACUAUCCUGUCGUUAAUUGUAAAUCAUUUAACUCUCAUAAAUUGUCAAUUCAUCAAUCAUACUAAUUACAAUCAACAAGAAUUACAUAUUAAUCAAGUUUGUUUUGAAAAUCAUUAAUAUUAACUAAUUAUUUUCUUUGAUAGAUUUUUUCAUUUCAACAAUUAACUAUGUUAUUAAUCAAUGUGAUUUUGUUACUGGUCACAAUUGGAUUACAAUUGAAUUUAAUUGUGUCCAUUGUUUUAUCAUCAAAUCAACAAAUUAUUGAAUUGUCAACUUCAAGUGAAAAUAAAAUUAACUUAAUCAACGAUUGGACCAAUUCAACAAUCCCUUCAAAUCAAAUUAAUUACACAACUUCCUGGUUAACUGGUGACAAUUUAAAGUGUAACAUUCAAUUGGAAACUAAUUAUGGUGUAAUAGUCAAUGGAUAUACAGUUAAUAAGUUAAUUGUUUGGUAUCAAGUUGAAGGUUCACCAGCAAUUCAACUAUGGAUGGAUUCAAAUGAGAAAUUGAAUCUUUUUUCAAGGGAAUACUCAAUUGAUUUACCAUUAAUUAGGAAUAAUUUAUUCCGACUAAUUAUCAAUUUCCAAUCAAAUCAACCCCUUAAUUAUGUUCCACAAUUAAUCAAACGACUUGAGGUUGACCUUUGUUGGCAUACUUAUCAACCAUGUCCAGUACUUUCCUGCUUGACCAAUGGAAGUCACAAUGAAGUUUCUUGUACCUUCAAUCCAAACCUUUCAUUUAAUUGUUCAACCGGAGGUCUUUGUAUUCAUCGAGAUGAAGUUUGUGACUAUGAGAUUAAUUGUCCUGAUUCAAGUGAUGAAAUUAAUUGUGACUCUUCAUCGAGUGUUGAUUCAAAUUUGAUCGCAAAUGAUGAUGAUAAUGAUUCUAAUACAAUUAACAAUAAUUCACAAUCAAUUUCCAGUCUGAGAUGUUCAUUUGAAGAUGAUUAUUGCUCAUGGAAACCGAUGGUUAUUAAAUCAACCAAUGAAUUCUGCCCAUGGAAAAAUUGUUCACAAAAUGAUUCUCAAGGUUUAAUUAGGACAAUUUCCUCUAAUUCACUGACCGAUGGGCCAACAUUUGACCACACACUAGGCACUUCUAGUGGUCACUAUCUAAUACUCAAAGCAAAAAGUAAAUCAAGAAAAAGUAUCGGCUCAAUUGGCACUUUAAUGCCCAUUGGAGGUUAUUGUAAAUUAAUAUUUUACUAUUUGACCAAUAGUCACUCUGGUCAAGUAUUAAUUAGGUCAAGUGAAAAUUCAUCUUCACUUAAUCCAUUUUCUACUAUCGAAGUUGUUCAUUUGGAAUGGGAGAAAUCUUUAUUUACUCGAGUCGAAGUCGAAAUUGACCUCGGCUCACCUGGUGAAUACCUGUUCCUUGUGGCAAUGGUCAAGGGAGAGCAAAACUCAACCCUGGCUAUCGAUGACCUUUACUUUACCAAAGGAUGUUAUCCAAUCCCGAGUCCAUCAACAUCUAGUCAACCCUUGACAUUAUCUUCAUCAUCAACAACUUUUACCUCAUCAUAAACAAUUAAUUGAUUAAUUAGAGGAUAGACUGAAUUUGUUGUUGUUGUUUUCACAUUUAUUAUUUGGGUUACCAUAAAAGUGAAUAAUCAAAAUUGAUAAUCAACAUAAUUAUUUGUUAGGAUUCAAUUUGAUUGAACAAUUAAGCAAUGAGCAGGAAGAUGAUCAAAGGGAUGACGAUGAUUUAAUAAAUGAUGACAAUAUGAGAUAAUUAAUAUUUUAACCUCAAUUUUUUACUCUAUGAUGAGAGACAACAAGCAAAGUUUCAAAUUCUCAGCUGAAUUUUGAUAUUUAAUUUUCUGAAUUCCAUCAAAUUGAAAAAACUACAAUUAGUUUGAUAAUCAGCCAAUCAAGUUGUGAAAAAAACUGUUAUUAAUUAUCAAAUUGGGAUGUUAAUCACCUCAAUCAAUUAAUUUUAUAUUCCUCAAAUCAAACAUCUAAUAAAUAUCUUUAAUCAUUUCGUAAAAGUAAAUAAAUUACUUGAUAAUGUAA